AAUUGGUGUGACUUACUCAGCUACUGGUUUAAUUUUUCAAGGAUAACUACUGUUAUGCAUUACCGUUAAAAUGGUUUAUUUGGAACUCAUAAUAUACUCGCUGUUGAUUUUUACUUGCUCAGUAGCAUGUGUUUCAAGUCCAUUUAAUGAACAUGAUAUCUUACAUCGUGAACUAAUAACAUCAGAUUAUAUGUUAACGAAAUUUCAAAAUCGUUCAGUUACAAAAAAUAGUCUAGAAGAAAUUUUCAACCGAAUCAAUAUUAUUCGUGCAGUUGGUAGCCCUGGUCAUUUGAAAGUUCGAGAAUUUAUUACAGAUUAUUUAAAGAAACAUGAUUGGAAAGUUGAUUUAGAUACUUUUGAACAGAAAACAAUUAUUGGUGUUAAAACAUUUCACAAUAUUAUUAGUUAUAGAGAAAAUUCCAAUUAUACCAAAUAUUUAAUUUUGGCUUGUCAUUAUGAAUCGAAGCUGAUGCCGAAUUUUGUUGGAUCCACAGAUUCAGCAAUGCCUUGUUCAAUGAUUUUGAAAAUUGUUGAUUUAUUAAAUUAUGGGAUUAAAUCAUUAAAGAAUUCUGAUAUUGGCUUAAAAGUAAUAUUUUUUGAUGGAGAAGAAGCUUUCAAACAAUGGACACAUAGUGAUAGUUUGUAUGGAUCACGACAUUUAGCUAAAAAAUGGAGUUAUCCAUUAUCUGUUACAUCUAAUGAAACAGAGUUGAGUAAAAUUGAUCUUCUUGUUUUAUUGGAUUUACUCGGUGCAAAACAUCCUCAUAUACCAAAGUAUCGUUAUGAAGAUAAUGGAAGUUUUGAUCUACUUAGUGAAUUAGAUUACGUGUGAGAGUUUGUCUUAUCACUCAAUGUGGAUAAUUCUCCAAUGUGUGUCCUAUCCACCGCUAGGGGUUUUUUUCCUAAUUUCUUCUUCAACUGAAAGCUGGUUUAUUCUCUCUCAUCAAAUUGAUUCUAACCAUUGAAUAUUGAAUAAUAUUGAACAUUUGUCCUUUAUCGUUUAGUCUACAAUGGAAUUUCUAUUGUUUUACAUUUAAAAACUAGAAAGAAGAAUGAGAUUUUUUCACCUCUUAAAAUCAUCCAGUGUGAAUAAUCAAUCUUAUUUUAGUGGUAAUCUACAUUAUCAAAUUGAAGAUGAUCAUAUACCGUUUGUAGAAAAAGGUGUUCCUGUCCUACAUUUAAUCCCUGUACCAUUUCCAAAAGUAUGGCAUACAAUCGACGAUAAUGCCAAUGUAAUCGAUUGGGAUACAUCGAUCGAUUUAUUAUUUCUGAUAGAAUUAUUUAUUAGGCAUUAUUUACACAUUCUAUUGUGAUAUAUAUAUGCAUGCAUGUACAUGUAUACUUGUACAGUUGAAGAAUAUAAAAUCAUUCUUUUUACAAUAUAACUACUGUAUAAAUACAUUUUUUCAAAAAAUAAAAAAAAAUACAAAACACUUCCACACUUGUAUUUACACAAUUAUAUAAAUUUACCCUGUAUUGUCUAGGGCAAUUUUACAUUGGUUUUCAGGAGAACCAAAGAGACUGUACACAUUUUACCAUUGCUACAUGAACAGUUCGGCUAAAUCCUGUGGUGCAACCACACAGGUACCUGUACCCUGGUGGACCAUUCCACACUUGUAUUUACACAUAUUGUUAAUGAUAAUAAUGUGAAAUGUUGUCAGUAAUUUUCUUUUCUUCUCUAGAAAAACACAAUUAAUUUUGUCUUUUAAUUAAACUAAUA